GGGGAGUGGCUUGCGGCAGCUAAGCUAGCAGAUUUAGCUGCAGUGAACAGCGACUGUUGGUGGCAUUUUACUGGUCAUACAAUUAAGGUGAGCUGCUGUCAUGACGACUCUGGAUGACAAGCUACUGGGGGAGAAGCUGCAGUAUUACUACAGCAGCAGUGAGGAUGAAGGCAGCGACAAUGAAGAUGAGGAUGGGGAGAGGAAGACUAUUCGGGACGGUGAUGUUAAUGAGCCUGACAUAGACUACAGUGCAGAUGGAAGUGCCGUCAACACAGGACCAAAGGGUGUGAUCAAUGACUGGAGGAAGUACAAGCAGCUGGAGGUGGAGCAGAAGCAAGAGCAGAAGAAGGAGAUGGAAAGACUGAUCAAGAAGCUGUCCAUGACCUGCCGCUCCGACCUCGACCUGGAAAAAGACAAAGAGAAACAGAAAGAGCUGCAGGAAAAAAUCAAAGGCAAAAUGACCAUGCAGGAGUACAACAUGCUCCAGGAGGAAGAGGAUGAUGAAGACUUCCUCCAGCAUUACCGCAUGCAGCGAAUUGAAGAGAUGCGGCGCCAGCUCUGCCGUGGCAAACGCUUCGAGCAGGUCUACGAGCUCAACAGCGGAGAGGACUUCCUGGAGGCUUUAGACAAAGAGGACAAGAGCACGCUGGUCAUGAUCCACAUCUACGAGCCGGACGUGCCGGGUUGCGAGGCCAUGAGCGGCAGCCUGCUGUGUCUGGCUCAGGAAUACCCGCUGGUCAAGUUCUGCAGCGUACGCAGCUCGGCCAUCAGCACCAGCGCACUGUUCAGAGACAGCGCUCUGCCCGCUCUGCUCGUCUACAAAGGAGGCGACCUGAUCGGCAACUUUGUGCGGCUCACAGACCAGCUCGGGGAAGAUUUCUUCGCCGUAGACCUGGAGGCCCUGUUGCAGGAGUACGGCCUGCUGCCCGACAAGCCCCCCAUCGUCCAAAAAACGGUCCGCAAUGGAGCCAUCAUACAGAACACUGUGAGCGACGAGGACUCUGACCUCGAUAUAGACUAGAGCCAUAAGAUCUAACAUGCAUUAUGCUUGAGAAUCACGCGUACGCAGUCUGCAUGGACUAUAGAUAAUUUAUAUGUAUGUGGACCCCUGUAGUGAUGACAGACUGAGCCAGGAUUGCCAUGUAACCACUUACACAACCAGCAUCGACGCAGAACCAAAAGUAAAUGCACACACAAAACAAACACAGUAACCCAGUGGGUUUCAUAUCAUUCCAUAGUAAACAUUAGUUCUAUUUAAUUAGCGUAAAUACUUGCUAUUAUGAUCAUCAUGUUGUUAAACAGAGAGGAUGCUGUAGGUGUUUGGUGAAAUGUUUUGUUUGAGCUGUGACUGUAAACUAUUUAUUUGUUGUGUUAAGACACAUUUCCUUGUUUUCUUUCAUUUCCACUGAUUUAUAUAUGUUGACUCUGAGAAGAUAAAACCUUCAGCCCAACUGACUCUUAGUUGAUUUUCUAACUUUUAUAUGUGCUGUACCAUUUCAAAUAGUGGGAACAAUAAACUGUAAAGUGUUUGGAC